AGCAUUGUUUCACCAAUACUAGAACUCAAUUUAAAUCACCGUAAGCCGCUAGCGACACGAAAUUGAAUUGGGGGGGGUUGAUAUUGAUCGGUGGCAGUGUGUGCAUCUUCAUGCGACAUGCUUGCAGUUUACCAAUAUUCAAAGCGAAACGGUGUCACCCGUUGGGUACGUCACUGUAUCGAACGCGCGAUAUCCGACAAACAGGCGAACAAGAAAAUGAGUUGGUGCAAAUUAGCGUUCCCGACUGAUUGUAUAAAUCGAUGCGGUGUUUGUGUUCUAGUUAGCAAAGCUCCGCCAUAAUCCGAAUGUUUCUGAUAAACGCGCAACGAUGUGUGGUAGCUUUGUGCUGCGCUUCGUCAAAUAGCGUUGGGUCAUUGUAAAGCUAUCAGCCAAAAAAAAAAGAUUAAAUGAAAUAAGGUCACAGAGAACUGAACGACGACGGCAUAAGACAAGGGAGCUGGUGUUCGUUAGAUUAGCUGCGAUGACACAAAGGGUACCUUCCUUAUCGAGCUCUCAUCUACACAUUUGCAUCAGAGCAAAUCGGGAAAUUGUGUCGAGAUCAACGAUUGGUAUGGUAUGCUGAGCAUUGAACUUGGCCCAAUUUGUUGAACCCAGUCUAGUUAAGCUCAGUUUCGUGGUUGAUUUCGGUUCGCGACGACGUGUGCGCCCGUCCCUUUUGCAGACGCGUUCGGUUGGAACUGUAUCGAUUAAUGGUAUUGAUUUGAGUCUUGAAAUUCGCGAACAAAUGCUAAAUCAUCGAAUGUUUGGUUAAUGUGUGAAAUAGUUAAGGUUGAUCGUGAUGUGCGCUACCAAAGAACGAAAUUUUGCGUCGCAGAAAAUGUUUGAUUGCUUCCACUUGAUUGUGCCUUAGUUACGAAACACUCUGCUUACGAUUCAUCCGUGUUUGUGCGAUUGUGCUUAUUCCAUUGUGUCAUACAAAAACAGUUCUUAAUUAGAAUAUCAUUUCAGUUGUCAAACUUUAUUCGUUCAGUUUUCCUGAAUGUCAAACUUUACUUACUUUGAAUACUUUUCUUUUACUGCAGGCUAAGAUAUUUGAACAACUUAUAUAUGUUUUGAUGUUUUUGUGAAGAGUUUGUUGCAAAUUGCACAUUUUGUUCGCACCCUUCUGGUACAGCAAACGAAAACGUUAGUCCGCAUUAGUCUUUAGUGAUUUUGAAGAAUAGAUGACGCUGAGUUUAUGAUCAUUUUGCUUAUUUUAGAGUUAUGUUUAUUUUUAUUCUGAUAAACCUUUCCAAUGUUUUCUUUGUUUAGUAUAAGUGAAUAUUAAAAUGGUCAUCAAAGAGCAUAACUUGCAUGUUCAAAUAAACAAUUGUUUGUUUAUAGGUUUUUGAAUUGUCUUUCAAAAGUUUUUUCUAGAAAUACGAUACGCUUUUUGAUGGAUCGACGAAUGUAGUCUAACGUAGACAUUAUAUGUUUCAUUACUUCGCGUGUAAAGACAAAGAACUUUAUCGUGUGAGUGACAGAUCAAUAAGAACGUGCAUUGAACAGUUGACACACACACGUACACAUAAAGAAAAGGCACAAUCGCAGUGAAGAACAUUGACGUUAACUAGAUUGAUUUUCGUAGUGCAGUUUUCGUAACAAGUGAUAUUUGAGCAAAAAGAAGGAAGUACACGAUCGGCUGCUAGUGCAAAUCGGACGUUUGAAAACACUUAGUUGUGAAAAAACGCUACCAAAAUGCUAUUUGAAUCGGAAUGUGCAUUUUUUAUGUCGGCUGCCGUUGCUGUGUCUACGGCACAUUCGCCAGCGUCUCAGACGGCGAAAGCAACUCAGCAGAUGCCCAUGUCACCAUCCCUUUCAAAAGAUGGUACUUUUUCAAACGGCUUUUUCGAUAUAGAGCAACCUCACUUGUUGGUAACCAAUCAUCGAGCGCCGCAGAUCCAAAGAGAAUAUCCCUUGCAUCUUUUACCAAAUCAAACGCUGCUGCUACAAGAAACGCCUCGACCUCAACUACCACUACAAGAACAGCAAGAACAGAAGCUACCAGAAAGAGAACAUAUCCAAAAGCGGGAAGAGCAGCAAUUGCUCCACCGGCAGCAGCAGCAGCAACCAGAUCAACAUAUACAACAGAAAGAAAGUCCACAGCAGCAUCAUCAACAAAACCAACAACAACACCAACAUCAAAAACAGCAGCAUCAAGAGCAACAGCUAAAACAUCAGCAGGAGCAGAAACAAGACAUUUCUUCAUUUAAAAAAGAUUCUGUAGAAUAUACCAUGGAAUCUAAAAUAGAGCAAUAUCCAGAACAGCUAUUACAAAAAUCUACAUCAACUCAGAAUGAACAAGAGCAAGAUACGAAAAAGAAACGAAGUAUUUUAAAACCAAAGCAACAGUCCGCUGAAGAAUUGUCCAUGAGCUCUAAAACGUCUGUUGGUCAAGAGCAUCCCAAGUCUUCCUCUGCUCCAGAAACAGCGGCCCAACGGAAAUCUUCCACCAAAUCAAAAAGCUCGACCAACUGUAGCGGGUCGAAAAAUAUCAGCCCGAAAACCAGAAAGUUGUCCCUAAAGACGAUCAUCUACCGGCAGUUGAUGGCCGCCGGUGGUCAAGGCAUUGGCGUAGGCAUCGAUAAGGACCUGCCGAUUCCGGCGCGGAUACGACCACCACUACGUAUGCCAAAAGCUGCUACGGAUAGCAACAGUGUCAGAAAGACCUCCAAUAAGACGUCUUCCUCUUCUGCAUCGAAGACCAUCAGUUCCGAUUCUUCGAGCGAUGCUAUACCUGAACAUUUCAAAUCGGAUAUUGGAGGAACUAUCAUUCCGGCCAGCAAUCCACCGGCGAGGCAACGAGUUCGUCUAGAUGCAGAACAGAUCGAACAUAUGUGUUCAAUCUUUAUACAUCGAAUAUCGCCAUGUAAGCCUUUCUUCGUGUGGUUAGCAUGA